AUGCCCAUCAUCAUCGGAGUAGACGUGGGUGGGACAAACACCGAUGCAGUGGCUACUGACCUAGCCCUGAGCCACGCGAGUCCUGCAGACAGCAUUAUUGCUCACUGCAAGAUCCCAACUACGCCAGAUACAAGCAAAGGCAUAGGAGAAGCCUUGAGAGAAGUUCUUGAGCAGCUUCCGUCAACUGCACGCAGCGACAUUACGGCUGUCAACAUUGGCACUACGCAUUUUAUCAAUGCGGUUGUUGAGAAAGAUGCGAGCAAACUGACCAAGGUUGCUAUCUUGCGGCUCUGUGGCCCCUACGCAAGAGAGGUUCCACCAUUUGCAGGUCUACCUGACGAUCUUCGACCACUUGUCGAAGGCUUCAGUGCAUGGUUGCCCGGUGGCUUGGAGAACUCGGUUUUCCACCAGGAAGAACACGUCCGUGAUAUUCUUCGUUCGGUCUUGGGUACGACAGUACACAUCACUCUAUCACACGAAGUCGCGGGAAUUGGUUUCAUCGAGAGAGAAAACGCCACUAUUCUCAAUGCUACGAUCCUGCCCUUUGCCAAGAAAACAAUCAAGCAGUUCCAACAAUCUUUAAGAGGGCUGAGACUGUCCGCAAGUCUGUUUUUGACCAGAAAUGAUGGCACUCUCAUAAGCGCCGAUGAUGCCGCUAAUCUACCUGUUUCAACUUUUAUUUCUGGCCCCACGAACUCUCUGACUGGGGCAGCCUUUCUUGCUGGUGCGAAGAACGGUCUGGAGAACGGAGCACUGAUCCUGGACAUCGGCGGAACGACCUCGGAUGUCUGUGCCCUAGAGCCAUCCGGUCUACCACGACCGGCCGCCGCCAUAUCACAUCUAGCUGGGGUGCGGACGAAUUUUGCGGUCCCGGAUGUGCGUAGCAUAGGUGUGGGAGGCGGUUCACUCGUCCAAAUAGGCAACUCUGGAGCUGUUACCGUAGGACCGCAGUCCGUGGGGAAACAUCUUGUCACUAAGGCUCGUGUCUUCGGAGGAUCUGUACUAACCGCGACCGAUAUUAUUGUUGCUGCAGGUCUCCAAGGACUUGGUGACAGAUCUCAGAUUUCUACCGUCUCAAAGUCAGUCGUCAAUCUCGCCAAAGCUCAAAUUCAACUGCUCCUGGAGCGCGUUAUAGAUGAAAUGAAGACGUCUGAGGCGGAUGUUCCGAUCAUUCUUGUUGGCGGUGGAAGUAUUCUUUGUCCAGAUAACCUCAAAGGUGUUUCUCACAUCAUUAGGCCAGCAUUUUCUCACGUUGCCAAUGCUGUCGGUGCCGCAAUGGCUAAAGUUUCAGGCGUGGUGAACACGAUCGUAAACCUCACAGACGACAAGUCGGAAGAUGAAGCCAUCGCGCGAGCGCGGGCCCAAGCUAUUUCUCAGGCUGAAGAGAAUGGCGCGGAGAAUGCUGAGGUGGUCGAGGAGAUUAUUUUACCCGUCCCUUAUGUCAACACAAGGUCACGGCACAUUGUCGUUCGAGCAGCGGAUCUAGACUUCAUAGCAGAUGGCUGUGCUAUCCUUGGAUGUGGUGGUGGCGGCGACACUUACGCAAGCUAUCUCAGCGUAAAGAAACUCCUCGCAGCGGGCGAAGUGGUGAAUAUAAUAUCGCCAGAUACGCUACCCGAUAAUGGCUUUAUCCCAGCCGUAGCAGUCAUGGGUUCCCCGAGUACCUUUUCUGAAAGGCUCCCCUCUGGUGAAGAACUGAAGAACUCGGUAGAUGCCGUUUUACGCUCGCAAAACAAAAGCGUGUCAGACUUGACGGCCGUAAUGAGUCUCGAGAUCGGCGGAUCUAAUGGAAUGCGAGGCAUACAGGCCGCGUUAUGGACCAAGAAACCGCUUGUCGACGCCGACCUCAUGGGACGGGCGUAUCCCAACCUUUGGCAAGUUACGCCUAACAAUGCCGGCAUAUCUCUUGCACCAGCUGCGGCAUCAGAUGCUAAAGGCAAUACACUAGUUCAAGUUCAAGCUAGUUCCAAUAAGGAUGUCGAAGACAUGCUUCGUGCCAUAUGCGUACAGAUGGGUCAAGCCGCAGGUAUAUCCCUUGGGGCUCUUACAGGUCAGCAAGUGAAGAGUACAGCAGCCCAGCGCUCAUUCUCGCUUGCAUGGCGUCUCGGUCGGGCCGUGAAAAUUGCACGACUAGAGAAACGCGACAUUGUGGAUGGCAUCCUUUCAACUUACCCCGGCAGGAGGAUUCUCACCGGCAAGAUCACUCGAGUGACGCGCGACGUUCGUGGCGCAUUCACAGAAGGCUCAAUUGAGAUUGUGCCUUUCUCGGAAUCGAACGCGUCGGCACAACAGACGAAUGAAUCUCGAAAGGCGAAUAGCAGUUUCAAGAUCACCUUCCAGAACGAAAAUAUCCAUGCCUUUGAUACUGACAGCCAGAAGACCUUGGCUAGCGUUCCAGAUUUGAUAUGUGUCCUCGAUGCGGAGGAUGGUCGAGCACUGGGCACCCAGGACUACCGAUAUGGACUACGUGUCCAUGUAUUUGCUCUGGUUGGAAGCCCACAGUGGACACAAGGCGAAGGUCUUAAGAACGGUGGUCCCGAAGCUUUUGGGUAUGUGACGUUAUUUCAAAAUGCACACUUCCUCAGUUAUGCAAAGUCUAAUAUGAGUGUUAUCUAG